CACAAACACACUGUUUUCUUUAUUCCACUUUUUUUCUUCCCUUUAAAUUCCACCAAGUCCACAAAGCAAAGGCAUAACAAAAUCAUGAAGAACUCAUCAUCGAGGACCUCCGAGUCCUCGACUCAGUUUGAGUUGCCUCACUCCCCUCUCCGAUUAGGAUCUUCUCCUCUAUCAGACAGCGGCGACCCGUUUCACUCGACGCAAAACUCACCGGACAUUCACAGCAGAGAUAACUCAAGGGCCAUCGUAGUCGUCGAGGCUUCUUCCACGCAAUACUCUCAUGCUCCACCGUCCAUACCUGAUUCCGAGCACUGGAACCCGCCGGCGAAUGACCCGCCGGUGGUGCUUAUUAACCACGCCAUGAGGGGGGAGCCUCCGCCGCCUGCGACAAACAUGAGCCCUCCUAUCGGCGGAGGAGUCCGCCGUGUAGACGGCGGUGGCCGGGGAAGAAUAGUGUCGAGCAGCAAGGAAAUGGCGAGGAAGGCGGCGUUAGGGUUCCGGUUGAGCGAGGUGGUACUGUGUCUGAUUUCGUUUUCGGUGAUGGCUGCAGAUAAGACUCAAGGUUGGAGUGGUGACUCCUUUGAUCGCUACAAGGAAUACAGGUAUUGUUUGUCGGUGAAUGUUAUAGCAUUUGUAUACGCUGGGUUUCAAGCGUGUGAUUUGGCCUAUCAACUAGUCAAGAGGAGACACUUAUUCAAUCAUCAUCUGCGCUUUCACUUUGAUUUCUUCAUGGAUCAGGUUCUGGCAUAUCUUCUGAUAUCAUCAUCUUCAUCAGCAGCCACCAGGGUUGACGAUUGGCAAUCAAAUUGGGGAAAAGAUGAGUUCACGGAGAUGGCCAGUGCUUCAGUUGCUUUGGCCUUCCUUGCUUUUAUUGCUUUUGCUAUUAGCUCACUAGUCUCCGGCUACAACCUCUGCACUCUCUACCCAUAGCAGCAUUUUAACCUCGUACAAGUUGUCUGUCUAUACUUGUUCUCUCUUCUUUUUUAUUUUUUACUGCUGCCGAGGAAUGCAUUCAAGAAACCAUUAAAUUUUACUGUACAGACAGACUUGUAUACAUACACUUGCAGGAUAUCCUUCGUCUUAUAAUUGGAAGGACUAAAGAAGGAGCAUUUUUUUUUUUUACACAGCUUGGGUUUUGUCAAAAGAGAAAUGCUGUUAUUUUUAUAUUUUAUUUUUAAUAAGAACACUUACUCGUUGUCUUUGGAUGGAGCAUUUUAGAAUUGAGGAGAAUUUGAAAAGCAAAGGAAUUCAUUCCCCAACAUUCCUUGCUUGGAUGAUUAGUUAUCCACCUUCUACAAUCCUGUCCAUUGUCCUCCCCAUACUCAAUGCUCCUGUGUAAACGCUUCUAAAACAAACAUUCACCAUUGCAACGAUAGCAACAUUCACCUUUAUUCUUAGUUCCAACAUUUGCUCGAACAACACUCCUCAAUGGAACAAUCAUCCCCAACAUACCCAUGAAUCAUAGAUGUCCCAGAAAUCACAUUUCUAUUUACCAUUUUCGCAAACAGAACAUGUGCAAUACCCGAAUCUCCCAAAGCUUAGAACACAAAUGGAACAAUGCUGACACAUACCCAUUCAAAUCGAAACCCAGCAUGAUUAACCUGUAUAGCUGUUUCCCUUGGUGCGUC